GAUCAGGUUACAUGAGAAUGCAAAACAACACAUGUGUUGAGGUGCUAACAUGAACAUGCAUCAGAUAUCUGCUUCGAGUUGGCCGGUUCUUUGCAUCCACGUUGUGCAUUUAAAAUCAUUUAAAGCACGGGUGGCCAUUGAUUAUCCCCUACAUAUUCCUAAAGAGUUCAUAAGAUCAUUGCUAAAAAUGACUGACAAAAAUUAUUUUCGAAGAAAACAACACAUUUGUGACCUGUGUGCUUGGUUUCGCAGAGAGGCGAGAGAAUAACAGAUGCAGACGGAUUGCACAUAGCAUACUUUUUAGUGUUAGCCUAGUAGUUGAGACAUUAGAUUACAUUACAAAACAGAUGAUUCAAAGUAACAUGUUUAUCACUGUGUCGCUCGCCUCAGUGUGUGGUCUGUUAUGAACUUAACUUUAACACUAGGCCACAAUAAUUAGAAAGCAAAACAUCUCCCACGUAUAUCCUACUGUACUACGUUUCUUUUGAGCAGCAUGGAUGGAAAUCUCCAACAAAUAAAUUAAAAUAGAAAUGACUUAUGAGUAAAAAUAAUACAUACUGUAUCUCCCACUACAUUCCCAGCAACUAAUUCACAUGUGACAUCACAUCUAGGUUAUGACAAAUUCAGUCACAAAAAUUCAACAGAAAGUGAAUAAUGUCUGCGUAUGUAUUUAAAUGUGUCCUAAUGCAUGGGCUGAUAAACUGACAUAAUCUACUGGGUUUGUAACAAAGAACCCCGUAAAAACGAAACCUUACAAAGUCACAAAGUGCCACAUUACAUUCACAUUCAAGGCAACAUAAGACUUGGAUUUUCAUCAUCUCUCAACUAAAAGUAAAAAUAGGGAUUUUACAGAAUUUAAUCAUACAUCACAAGAUCAGAACAUCUCAUGAAAUGAAUUGUCAUAAACUGAUUAUGAGGACAGGCAUCCUGAGCACUUCAGAUUUACCUACAGAGUCGAAGCGUGUAUCACAUGUUCGUUCAAAAUCAGGGAAAUAAAUAUCCCAGUAUGAUCUCACACUAUCAGCUCAAAACCAGCCGCAAAGAAGAUAAGCACAUAACAUUGAAAGUGUAAGUAUGAGAUAACAACAACUUCGACACAUUUCCGUUCUUGUGACUAAGCAGUCACUGGUGUAUAAAAGAUGGAAAGUUGACAGAUUUGAGCAUGAAAACAUAUCAUACUCUGAAGAGUUGCUCUAGCACACAGAGUAAAAAAAGACUGUGAAUUUUCACCAUGGAGCUAAAAAUGGGACUUCUGAUAUGGUGGAUUUUAUUGAUGAGCCAGGAGAUGGCAUGCAGACCGACAAACAGACCGACAAACAGAUGUUUAGACCGCAUCAGUUACACGAAGACCAAAAUUGAACACCUGUUGAAGAAAUUCCUCUCAGAAAAGGAAAAUGAUGUUAAACCAUGGCCGAACCCUAUCUCAGAGCUUCACUUGAAGAAUUUGUCCCGUGAAGAGAAAAUGCAGAAAGCUCAGUGUGGACUUCACUUCAUGCAUAAAGCUCUUCAGUUGAUCCAUCAACACCAAAGUGACCUUCAUGAUCCCACAAAUCCUAUUCUUGAAGAAAUAAGACAAAAUGUAAAUGUUCUGUUUCAUACCAAGCACUGUGUUGCAGAGGGUAAUUGCACAAGGAUCCCAGAGCCGGACUUCCCGUUUAAAGACACAUAUAGAAGAAAACAGUGGGGCCGCACUGUUCUUCAGACCUCUGUAGAAUUUCUGGGUGACAUGGUAAACGGUUUUUCAAGUUCCAGCAAACGACCCUAACCGAAACAUGCUUGAUACCAAAGAAAUAAUGCAUUUCAUUUACAGCUAGUCCUUAUUUUUUGUGAACGGUACUUAUUAAUUCUUGAAAGUUUUCCCUUCUUCUUGAAUUCACUUCCUCGAUUCAGUUAUUACCAGAUUUUUGCAGUAUGUUCUCAUGUUAAUUUUUCCAACCAUUUUUUAAAUAUGUAUUUGUUAUAUAUAUAUAUAUAUAUAUAUAUAUAUAUAUAUAUAAAACAACUUUUAUUUUUUUUUGCACUUUUCAAAAUGUUGUAUUUUGAGUCAAAAAUAUUCCUACUAUUUAAAAAAUAUAUAUUUAUAUUAUUGUUACU